AUGGCUCACACAAUCCGAUGGGGUAUCAUGGCAGCUGAAACGAUCUGUUCACUAAUUACCUGCUCAGCGUUCGUCCGUGAUCUUCUGAAAGAUCCCCAGGCUCGCGACGCCGCUGACAUCGCCCACCAAGUGGUCGCGGUCUCCUCGUCGUCCUCAAAGACCAGGGCCGAUGAGUUCAUUUCAAACCUCAGCAUCCCGGCCCCAUGCACUGCAUACGGCUCCUACGAGGCUCUGGUUGCGGAUCCCAACGUCGACGUCGUCUAUGUUGCUACUCCACACUCCCACCACUACCAGAAUGUGAUGCUGGCGCUGGAGGCUGGCAAGAACGUCCUCUGUGAGAAGGCCUUCACCGUGAACGCCGCCCAGACAAAGAUCCUCUGCGAGACAGCCCGCAAGAAGAACCUAUUUCUCAUGGAAGCCGUGUGGACGCGCUACUUCCCUCUCAGCAUCCAAGUCCGCGAGCUUAUCCAGAAAGGCGAGAUCGGCGAGGUGCUCCGCACCUUUGCUGAUACCAGCUUUGGCGACGACGUCGAGGAGAAAUGGGGUACACAGCACCGCAUGGUGAACCCUGACCUGGCCGGCGGCGCCCUCUUGGACUUGGGCAUCUACUCGCUUACUUGGGUCUUCCAGACUCUCUACCAUACUCUACCCCGUGACCAAAGGAAACCCCCGACUGUCACAUCCCAGAUGACCCCGUACCAUCUCACCGGUGCCGACGAGGCCACGACCAUCCUGCUCAACUUCCCCACCAGCACGCCCACCAACGGCCCGCACCCCCAGCGCUCGCACGGCGUGGCCAUGACCAGCAUCCGCCUCUCCGGCGACCCAGACGAUAAGGCCACCGCCGGCCCGAAUAUCCGCAUCCAGGGCACCAAGGGCGAGAUCCAGGUAUUUGGUUUCCCAUUCCGCCCUCUCCGCUACCGGGUCAUCCCAAAGAAAGGCUUCGGCGAGGUGCGGGAAGUCGAAUGCCCGUUCCCCAGCCAAGGCCACGGCAUGUACUGGGAAGCGGAUGAGGUGGCGCGCUGCCUACGGGACGGCAAGUUAGAGAGCGAAGGUAUGCUGUGGGAAGAGAGCAUUGCCAUUAUGGAGGUUAUGGAUGAGGUGCGCAAGCAGGGUGGCUUGACGUAUCCAGAGAGGAUUGAGUCAACCCAGUAUCCUCUGCAGCUGUAA